GUAAGAUAAAUAUUAAACAAAAUGUGUGGCCAUUUGUAUUGGAAGUACACGCGCACUUGACUUUGAGACACACAACAACAAUACAAACAAAAACACCAAACAUAACCAAACCAACUCUGAAAACAUUGCUUACACAAUUCCUAAGAUGACACAAGUGAGGAACAAACAACUGAUUCUGAGAGAUUAUGUGUCUGGUUUUCCUAAAGAAUCAGACAUGAUCAUUGUUGACAGUACCAUUAAUCUUAACCUUCCACAAGGUUCCAAUGAGUUGCUGCUAAAAAAUCUGUACUUGUCUUGUGAUCCUUACCUGCGGAUCCUUAUGACCAAGGACACUACUUCUGGAAUUGGUGCUCUCACGCCUGGUUCUCCAUUGACAGGACUUGGCGUAUCUAAAGUUGUAGAAUCUGGACAUCCAGAUUAUAAGAAAGAUGAUUUAAUUUGGGGUAUGACUAAAUGGGAAGAGUAUAGCUUGGUCCCUGCAACUGGAAUGUUCAAAAUUGAGCACACAGAUGUUCCACUUUCUUACUAUACCGGAAUUCUCGGUAUGCCGGGGAUGACUGCUUAUGCAGGUUUGUUUGAAGUAGGCACUCCUAAGAAAGGAGAAAAUGUUUUUGUUUCAGCUGCAUCUGGUGCAGUUGGUCAACUUGUCGGACAAUUUGCUAAGUUAACCGGUUGUUAUGUUGUUGGAAGUGCUGGAACUAAAGAAAAGGUAGAUUUAUUGAAGAAUAAAUUUGGAUAUGAUGAAGCCUUUAACUACAAAGAAGAGCAUGACCUCAAUGCAGCAUUGAAAAGGUAUUUUCCGGAAGGCAUUGACAUUUACUUUGAGAAUGUUGGAGGCAAGACACUUGAUGCUGUACUGUUGAAUAUGAAAGUCCAUGGUCGCAUACCUGUCUGCGGAAUGAUUUCACAGUAUAAUCUUACUCAACCUGAAGGUGUCACAAAUUUAGCACAUAUCAUAUAUAAGCGGAUUCGGAUGGAAGGUUUUGGUGUAUUUGAAUACUAUCAUCUUUAUACAAAAUUCUUGGAGUUUGUCUUGCCUCUUAUAAGAGAAGGAAAGAUUGCGUAUGUGGAAGACAUAGCUGAAGGACUUGAGAAUAGCCCAGCAGCAUUGGUUGGUCUCUUCAGUGGUCAAAAUGUUGGCAAACAAGUGGUUGUUGUUACUCGUGAGUGAAUGAAUGUAGAUGCGCGCAUUGUUAUUGUAAUUAUCUUCUACUUUCACACCUUACGAUAGACUUAAAUGUACUUUGAUAUGCCUACUUCUGGUGAUUCACAACUUUUUUUCGUUUUUGUUGAAAUAAAAUUUAGAAUUCUUCGA